ACUUGUAAAAUUGACUUCUCGACAUGACUAAAUUGUCAAAUUUUUUGUGCAUUUUUGUCAUCAUUUAUGUUAUUUUCACAAUAACUGUUGUGAAUGGAGGUAGCGGUGAAACAGUAAGUCCAAACUGUUUCACAGGGCAAAGUGCUCCAUGUGAAACGGUAGAAUGUUCACCUGGUACAACGAAAUUGGUUUUAGGUAUCGGAUGCUGUUGUACUGGUGCUCCUUAAUCUUAAAGCAUGGAUGAUUAUCAGUAUUGAUUUGGCAAAUAAAGUUUGUCAGAAUAUU